AUGGUUAUGAUGAAGCUACUAACAUGGAAUGUCAGAGGUUUGGAGAGAAAGGAAAAAAAAAGUAAAAUUAAGAGGUUGUUGAAGGAUAGAGGUAUUGAUAUAGCUCUUUUUAAAGAGACAAAGAAGGCCUUCAUGUCCGAAAAGGAGAUCAAAGAGAUUUGGGCUAGGGAUAGAAUGGAAUAUACGACUGUGGAUGCUGAAGGCUCUGCUGGUGGCCUAUUAUGCAUUUGGGAUCCAAGAGUUUUUCAGAUGUCAAGUUGCUGCUGUAAUAGAAGAAAGAUUGAUGAGAGGAAAGUUUGCUCUAGGAGGGAUAAGGGGAUGAAUGAGUUGAAUGAUUUUGUGGAUAGAAGUAAGUUGAAUGAUUUGCCUUUAUUAGGCCGUAGGUUUACAUGGUGUAAUGCUACGGAAGGGGAGAAAUGGAGCAGAAUUGAUAGGGUUUUGGUGGAUCCAAGAUGGGUGGAAUCAUUUAAUUUGAAGUUGUGGGGACUUCCUAGAGUCAUGUCUGAUCAUAGGCGUUUACUGCUUAUGGAAUAUGAGAGAGAUUGGGGCCCUAGGCCCUUUAGUGAAGUGUUCGGUAAUGUAAAUUCUAAGUUGAAGAAGGUCGAGGAUGAGCUUCAUAUGAUUGAUUUGUUAGCAGAGGAAAGAGAGCUUGAAGAGGCAGAAAAAAGUAGAAGAAGAGAGGCGAGAGUUGAAGCUGGAUAUUUAACAAGAAUGGUGGAAAGAUUGUGGUUCCAAAAAUCGAGGCUUAAUUGGAAUUUUUAUGGUGAUAAAAACACAAAAUAUUUUCAUGUGUUAGUGAAAUAUAGGCAGGGGAGAAAUGAAAUCAAUACUCUAACUGUUGGUGAUGUGGUGGUUGAUGAUCCUUGUAGGGUCAAGCUUGAGGUCCUAGCUUACUUUCGGAAGCAAUACUCUGAGGAUUGGCAGAAUAGGCCUGUAUUGGUAGGUCUAUUUAAGUCAGUGAGGGAUAGUCCUUGUUUUGAUAUGCUGGAGGCAGAGUUUAUUGAGGCAGAGGCAUGGGCUGCUGUCAAGGGUUGUGAUGGGAAUAGGGCUCCAAGUCCAGAUGGUUUUAACUUGGCUUGUAUUUAG